AGAGUGAAAGUAAAAGGAAAGCUAAAAAGAGCAGAGUAGCCUCCACUGCACCACCAUCAUAUUUUGGCUUUAUAAAAAAGCCAUAGAACUCAUUAGAACUUCCCCCUUUCCCCUUUCUUCUUCUUCUCUCUCAUUUCAUUUCCUUGAUUAUAGCUUUCAAUUAAUGGGCUUCUACGCUGAAGAUCCUCUCUCAGGCUUGACAAUAGGCCAGGCCAUAUAUGAGGUAGCUCUCAUGAUUGCAGUUCUGAGAUGGGUCUUGUGCUUGAUCUUCAGAGUGAUCAACGACAGAAGAACAACACAAUCCGACGAGACCCCAACACCAGAACCAUGUUCUCAGAUGACAAGGGACAAGGACAGCAUUCUUUUGCUGACGACUUUCGGAGAGAUUAAGGAGAGGCUUCCAGAGACAGAGGAGACGUGUGCGGUGUGCCUGAGCCAGCUGAGCGUGGAGGACGAGGUUAGGGAGCUCAUGAACUGCUACCACGUGUUCCACAGAGAGUGCAUAGACAGAUGGUUGGAACACGAACACGAGAAUCACAGCGCCACGUGUCCUAUCUGCAGGGCUCCUUUGCUCAGUUCUUCUUGCCACCACAGCUCUGCCACGUGUCUGCCUCCUCCUCAGCCUAGUUGGGCUGUGGAGAGACUCCUCUAUCUCUUUGGAGAUGAUCUGCUUCCUUGUUAGUUACUUGUUUUCUUUGUAGAUUGUGCAGAAAAAAAAUAGUUUAGGGGAUUCAUUAUUUGUUAUGUUUAUCAUCUGAGCCUUGUAAUUGUUGCUUGCUGCCACAAAAUAACUAAACUAAGACACAAACUAGCUUCCUGUUUGUGUGUGUGUAUAUACAUAUAUUUUUCACAUUUGACUAAUAUUAAUGUUGCCUUUAAUCUCUUCAA